GACCACAGCCCCCUCCCGCCGGGCGCGCUCAUUGGAGGCAGCGCAGUUUGGCGCUGGGAGCGGAGCUGCGAGGAAAGAAGGAAGGGAAGGAAGGAAGGGAGGAAAGGAAGGAGGAAGGCGAAGCGGGGAAGAGGCACGCGUCCGGAGCGCUGAAGAGCCCGGCAAAGCUCCGGCAGAGCGGCAGCCGCAUUCUCAGGCUGGAACGUCAGACGGGGCAAGGCGGCGUCCCAGCGGGACUCUCCCUCCCUUCUUCCUCUUCCCAAGUUUGCCCGGAGAAAGUUGUCUCCCGCAGAGCGCCGCUGCCACCCGUUUCGGCGUGAGAGCCUGCCAGAGGGAGGGGAGAGAGCGAGCUCUUGCUUCCGGGCGCCCCUGGCUGCUUUCUGUCCCCGGCGGGGCAUGUGGAAAUGGCCGGUGACAGGAGCCCGGGGGUUUUCUGCUGUUGGCGGCGCUUCGGGCUCUGGCUACUCGUGGCUGCGGCUGGACUCAACGGCGUCUCGGGACUCAAGAACCCCAGCUGCCACGAAGUGAGGACGGCCUUUCAGAUCCGACAGAUCGGGCCCCUCAAGCUGGUUCCCGAUGUGCCCACCACCGCGGACUCCAAUUUGCAGAUCUGCCAACAGAGAGCACCAACCUGUUGCACUAAGAAGAUGGAGGAAAGUUAUCAAGCAGCUGUUCGAAGAGAGAGGAUGGAGAACAUUCAGACUCUAAAUUUUGAAUUAAAAUAUAUGAUUGUUGGUCACAUCACGGCUUUUCAAGCGGCCUUUGAGUCCUUGCUUCGCUUUGCAGAGAACCAUACAACUUCCCUGUUUGACACUGUCUACAGAUCCAUGUCGAAGGAAGCAGUAGAGCCUGUCAAGGAGCUCUUUACAGACAUCUCUCUCUAUCUCUUGGGUGCACAGACCAGAGUGGAAAGAGCCUUUUUCCGGUUCUUUGACAGCCUUUUCCCUUUGGUUUACAGCCGCCUAAUAAACCCAGGAAUCAUGGAUUUAUCAGAAGAGUACACAGAAUGCCUGCGCCUAACACGGCAAGAUGUAAAUCCAUUUGGACGCUAUUCUAAAGAAGUGGUUACAGAGUUAGCCAAGUCUCUCAGGGCGAACCGAGUAUUCAGUCAAGCCCUUGGGAUGGGCACUGAAGUCCUGAAUGCCACUGAGCAUGUGACUUUGACAAAGGAAUGUACCCGAGCACUUGUGAAGAUGCAGUAUUGCCCUCAUUGCCAGGGCCUAACAUUAAUAAGGCCUUGCGAAGGGUAUUGUCUGAAUGUAAUGAGGGGCUGUUUUGCCAGUGUAUCUGAAUUGGAUAUUCCAUGGAGGGAAUAUAUUUAUACCCUGGAACAUCUCAGCAAUGAAAUGGCUGGAGCUCACGAUCUGGAAUUGGCACUUUUGGGUAUCCGCUAUUCAAUCAAUGAGGCCAUCUUACAUGCACAAUUAAAUGGACCACAGCUGUCUGCAACUGUAGAUAAAGUGUGUGGACAGCCUGAAGAAAAGAGUGUGAAACCUUUACCAGACAACAUUGUUCAAGCAAAGGAGAUAAUUGAGUCACCAUCUCUCACAAUGACACAUUCGGCUUCUCUGAGCAAUAAAAGGAGUUCUCUGCCUCUGAAAGCUUCAAAGAAUGACAAAUCCAGAAGUUUGAAAAAAAUGUCCCGGGAAUUCAUCACCUACAUGAAACGGUCCAGAACUCUUUAUGCCUCUUUAACAGAAAGGCUCUGUGAUGGGGACCUUGUGAUGAAAGACAGCUCAACUUGCUGGAAUGGAGAGGAUGUUGUAGAAAGUUACACCAACCGAGUGGUGACCAAUGGAUUGAAGGCACAAAUUGAUAAUCCAGAACUGAAAGUCAAAGGGUUGGACCCGCACAUCAGCAGUUUAAUUGAUAAGUUGCAACAUUUUAAUCAACUGGCAACUGAGAGGACACAUUUAAAAUCAGAAAGAUGGAGCACCAGGGAAGGUGGCAGUGGAAAAGGAAUGAAUGAAGGGAUGGAAUCAAGCGGAGACUGUGAUGAUGAAGAUGGAUGUCAAGGGUCAGGUGACAAAACCUACACGAAAGAUAUUCUCGGAGCUAAUCCAGGCGACAGGAAUGGAUCCACAACAACUGUGAAAAAGAUGGACGACACAGCAACAGUGAUUAUAAAGUCAUCUCCUAAACAUAAAGCGGAAGGAGAUAAGAGCAGUCAAGUGUCAAGUUCCUUGCUCUUCAUGAUAACAGCCACCGCAGUUGUGUGGCAUUUUUUGUCAUAGCUGCGUUAUUCUGCAGCAACUGUGCAAUUUCUGUUCACUGUCAUUUAUACCCACAGCCUUAUUCAACUGAAACCAAGUCAAAUGACUCUCUAAAAUUGUGCACUCUAGUAUUAUGUGGUAUGUUAGUAUAAGAAGUGCUAAAUAUUAGUCAGGACUGGCUAACAGCAAGUAUCUAAAUAUCUACAUGGCGUAUAGAGAUUGUUGCACUGAUAACAUCUCAUCUACUCAAGAUGUAAAGAAGACGAAGACAGGAAACCUGAGUAGAUUAAGUUAUUGUGAUAGAUACAAUUAAGAAUGUUAAAGUUGUAAAUUAAUAUGUCACUAUUUCUCCUCUCUUUCUUCUUUCAUGGGAGUUCCAUUGAAUAAUCAGACUUCAAGUACAGUUGAUUAAGUUUUAUCUGUAGGGAUCCACCACUACCUUCGAAGCAAAAAGGGCAGCACUCACUACAAGUUGGAUAAAACUCUGAGAAAUUCAUUGCUUGUUUAAAUCUCUUUUUCAUUUUUAACGUUUAGAAUGUAGAAAGCAAUAUACAAACCAUAUGCUGUGUUUAAUGUAUCAGUAUAGUUGCCUUAACCAUAUAGCAACAUAUAAAAUUACCUCUUGAGUUAUUUUGGAAUAUCCAGAACCAUUUCCGUGCCCACGGUCUUCAUGCUACAUGCUUAAGACUCAACUGUGUUGCAAAAAUCUGAGAAAUGGAAAAGUGAAAGAGGGGACUGUAUUAGAUUUUUGAGACAAAAGUAGUUGUUGAGCUGAAAUUUAAUGCCAAGAUCCAAUGGGGUAUGACUAGAGUGAAAAAUCCCACAAACAUAGCUGUGCUGGAUUUAACUAUUGUGAAUACAGUUAUGUGAGGAAAUUUCCACAUGCAAUAGAUUGCGCAACAGCUGGACAAUAGAAAAAUGCAGGAAAAAAUGUACUAGAACAAUAACCAUUAUUGCCCCAGGGCCCUUCCACACAGCUAUAUAAACCAGAAUAUCAAGGCAGAAAAUCCCACAAUACCUGCUUUGAACUGGGUUAUCAGAGCCUACACUGCCAUAUAUUCCAGUUCAAAGCAGAAAAUGUGGAAUUUUAUUCAGCUGUGUGGAAGGGGUUUCAGUGAAUGAUCCUUGAUUCAGUUCAUCAUGCAUGUAUGGUGCAUCAGUAAAGAUGACAAAAGCCCUAAUCCAACACUCUUGAUUGGCAGCUGUGGAAUUCAAUCCUGUUUGAAAGAAGGGAAAUGUGAGACACUUUUCAGUUCUUUAGAGCUCAUCAUAAAUAACUAAACAACACUAUUCAAUCUUAGGGCCCUUCCACACAGCCCUAUAUCCCAGAAUAUCAAGGCAGAAAAUCCCACAAUAUCUGCUUUGAACUGUGUUAUCUGAGUCCACACUCAGAUAAUGUGGGAUUUUUUGCCUUGAUAUUCUGUGAUAUAGGGCUAUGUGGAAGGGCCCUUAGAGUGCCUCACUAUGGGAAGGAAUCCCACCUUUAACCCUUUUGCACAGAUGGGGGCAGAAUCUAAUCCUGUUGCCAAAGGAAUGUGAGUUGCCUUUGCUGAACUGGAAUAAAAUACACACAUCUAAAUAACCAUCACCCCUUUUAACCCACAAGGGACACUGAUGCACUGUAAAUCAAGAAUGUCCAGUAUGACUCAUAGUUGCUGGGUAGUUAUGUUUUAUUGUUCUGUGUCAGGAAAAAAUAAACAUGAAAGAAACCAAGAAGGAUAAACUCUGUUAUUUGCUGCUUUCUCUCUAAUACAGCUCCCCCUGGCCUGGUACCUAGACUUGUAUUGGCUGGGGUUGAUGGGAGGUGGAGUCAGUAUAACUGGAAGGCACCAGGUUAGGAGAAGGCUACUUUAAUAUAUAUUUUCUCAGUCCACCACAUGUCAUCUUAAUGAAUUGUUUUAGUUAUUAAACAAAAUUGAUGUAUUUUACAGUGUGACAAGAUGUUACAAAACCACCAUGAGAUAGGGUAGGACUAAUAUAUGUAUUUUUGAGAGCUGUUUUUACAAUGAUAUUGAAAAUAUAUACACUGCAGGCUGAGUAGAACUGAGAGUUAUAACAAAGGGGACUAAAUCCAGCAUUAGCCCUACCUAGAAAUCAGCGGGAAUGACAUUAGUUGAAGCUAUCAAAUCCCAUUAAUUUAAUUGGGUCUGUUCUCGGUAGGAUUAAUGUUGAAUUUAUUUCUCAGAUUUAUAUUUGCUAACAAAGCCAAUAAUUCACAAAACGGAUUCAUUGUUUUCACAGUAAUUAAUAAUACAGUGUACAGUUUUAUAAGAUAUAAUGUAAAAUAUUUGUCUUGGACUUGUGUGUGUGUGUGUGUGUGUGUGUGUGUGUGGGGAGGAGUAUAAGAGCAAUUAUUUCAGCAGUUUGAGUCACAUAAAUGUAAAUCCAGUGUAAUGUAUUAACUCUAGUACACAAAUAUAUGUAGGAUAAAAAUAUUGUAUGAUUAAACAACUCUUCCUUUCAAGGUGCUUCAGUUUUGAUGAACGCAACAUUUUUGACCUCCAUGCAGUAGCCAUUCACUUCAGUGAACCUUUUAUAUGCACAUCCUUUCUAUGUAUUAUGCUCCAUUUAUCCUGACUAUAUAUGCCAACCUUUAACAAUCUUGUGCUAUCUUUGGACUCCAGCUCCCAGCAUUACUUGCCAUUGGCAAUACUGGUUAGAGGGGCUCAGGGGUGUUGAAGUCCAAAGAAUCAUCUGCAGGUUCCAGAUUUCAGAAGGCCGAUACAAAGGGCAAUUAAUAGUUUUCUCUUUACGUGUCUUCAUUUUUUAACAUUUUGUUCAUUAGUCAGCCAAAUAUAAGCACUUUUGUUCCACUGAUUGUUAUGAAGAGUCAAGCAAUCCCAUUAAAAUUAGGGGAAGCUCGAAAAUGCUCAUCUUUGGCUUGAUUGUGUAAUGAAGUUGAACCCUUCAUGGAGCUGAAUGAAACUUUUGAAACAGUACAUCUAAAAGAAUUCUAAACCAGAAGACAAAUCAAGUGUUUCAAAAGCUCUUGCAGCCAUCUGGCCACUUUCUAUGUGAAGAGGAGUAAUUUUGAGUGCAUAGAGUUAACAAUAUGGGAUUUAUUUUUGUUCACCCAGUUGUAUGAGAGCUUUGUGAAAGGUCUUGUUCUCUAAUUCACACCCAGACAUAUGUCCCAACAAAGAGGUUCUUUAAAAAACACCAGCUGCAUUCACAGUUUAGCAACUACAAUUGAAGUGGGCAGGGAAAGACAUUUUGUUGAGCUAUUAUCAUUGUUAUUAUCUAUUUUAUUUAUUACAUUUCUUCCACACCUUCUAUCAUCAGUGAGCUCAAGGUUGUGUUCUUCUCUCCUCUUCAUCUUCUCAGCAUUCCAGUGAUGUAGGUCACUGACAGAAAAAUUGAGAGCAAGAGACCACAAAAGACUAGACAGUGGGUUUUGUGGCUAAAUGACCCUUUCAAGUCCCAGUCCAACACUCCCAGUCCAGGAAUUCUCAGGCAUUAGUCCUCCAGAUGAUGUAGACUUCAUCUCCCAGUUCCAUUCAAUAUAGUCAAUGCAGAGAAAUUCUGGAAACAAAUUCAAAAUACCCAGAGGACUAAAGUUGAAAACUGCUGCUUUAAUCACUACUCUAUACUGCCCUUAACUGAUCAUCAAUACUGCAUUAUUGAAUAUUUAUUAGAUACUGUAUCAAAUACUGUAUUGCACCUAUACUGAUACUGUAUUAGACGUGUAUCUGUGGGGUUUUUUUUUGUUUUCUUAGACAAGCGCUUUUCUUUUUCCGAACAAUAAUAAUUAAAAUUCUGUUUGUUAAAAUUAGUAUUGUUAUCCAACUAUUGGAAAUUCACAUUGUAAAAAAAGGAAUAUUUUCACUGCCUCUGUAAGACCACACUUUGGAGAUAAAUUUGUAAUUGUUUAGCUUGUUCAAGAUUGCAUGUGUUGAAGGGAAGCAACAAGUGGCUUUCUCUGUAUCAUUGUGCGAUCCCUAAAAGACAAGUGAUGCAAAUAAACAGGGAUUUCCAUUUGUCAGAAAAGAUAAAAGGAUGAGAGACUUAGUUUAAUUCAGGUAGCUACACUACAACUAAUCAGAAUUCCAUGGCAGUUUAAUGAAAUACACAGAAAUGCUAUUACAGAGUAAUAACCAAUUGUUGUAUUUCUUUGUAAAAUGCAUUAAAAUCAUCAUGCAGGUACAUAUUCUUGUAUUUUUUAUCACAGCACUCCAGCUUUUUAACCAUUAACUAAUAAUUUGCAGUAGCGCCAUUUGCACUGAAGGCAACUCUGUCAACUGAAAACAAUCCUUUGUUGCCUGCUAAGCAAUUAACAUUUGCUCACUUGGGCUGUUGCAAGAGAAGGCGUAAUUUGUCCACCAUGACCUUUCUGCGCACUUAAUUAGUAAGAGUGUGGAAUGUUGCCUAAAGAACAAACAUUUAAUUUGGGAGUAAAGGAGAGAUGGAAUGUAUUGUUAAAUUUAUACAUUCUUUGCUAUUGUACUCUAAUAAAAUGUUUUUCAGCAAGAAGAUUUUUAAUGGUCUAUUCAGAAUCGCUCUUGCCCAUGCUAAGUCUUACUGAUCUGUGUUUCUGACUUUCAAAUGUAUGUAGGAAAGUCACAUGGUUAGGAAUCCAGGAUUUCAUGUUGAGUUUGUAAGAGCCAGGUCAUAGUACUGUAAACCUACCUGAAUCAGUGAUGUUGUGUUAAAAAUUGAAUAGCAGGUGUGCCCCCAUUCCAACCACACCCAUCAAGGAAAAUCCAAAAAUGCAAGCAGCUGAUUGAUUGAUGUCAAAAAAAAUAGUUUUAGCAGUUUUACUUUAUGAACACAUCUUUUAGAAAGCUUAAUCCUCCAAACAAGACCAAAAUCCCUUUCCCUCAGUACCUUGCAUUGCAAUAGAUCUGUCUUUUGCUGGGGGAAACCAAUCCUUCUCUACUACCUACAGGUGUCAAUUCCCUUUUAAAGGUGAGUGCAUUUAUGUGUUCUGUUUUUACUUUACUCCUAGCUUCCCAUGGUUGUAGAGUUGCAAGGGAUACUAUGACCUUAGAACUUAGUCAAAUCUCUGCUGAAAACUGGAACACAAAUCCAAUAAACUGCCAUUGGCUGAUAGAGCUACAGAAACACUUUGGGUCAGGAUAGCACCUAUAAUUUGAUCAUAGGGGAUAGACAUGACUCUUCCUUCAAGAAAUAUUAGUCAAACUGAUACUCAACUAGAGUGAGAUGAGUAUUUUCCAUUUGUUCCUAUCCCUGAGAGAUGAAAGGAGAUACAAAUCAAUACAAGCUCUGAGCUAUGAUGCUAGUUCCUUUGUUUUGACAUUGAGAAAAUACUAAUUAGAAGUAUGCUUGGGAAUGAAUCAGUUCUUGAGGAAAGCUUGUUCAUUUCUGUUCUGCUUAUCCUAGUCCUUUGUUUCCAUCACAAUCUCUAUGUGUAACUUUUUGUCUCUAUCACAAUCUGCACCAUAAUGCUUAUCUAGAAUCUCUUGGAGGUCAUUUUGCAGUCUUUCCUCCCAAUUAUUUAAAGAGUGCAUAACGACUUAAUCAAGUCUGCCCUGAUGAAAAAUAUAUAUACUUUUCUUAAUUACAAUGGACAUUUUAAUAAAUAUAGACAUUUUGAAAAUAAUAA